CGCAGUUUGGUUACUUUUCUUGUGGUGUGCAUAAAUAUAAUGUCUAAAAAAGAAACAAAUAUGACGAAAGGAAAAUCGAAUAAAGUGGUCAUCGAGGGAAAAGUGCUUAACUUCGAUCAUCUCAUAUUUUGGGUGGCGAAUGCAAAAUCUGCCUCCAGUUACUUCGUGACGCGAUUUGGUUUUAAACCAUUGGCACUUCGCGAACCAACCGAGGGCAAGCCAGUGUUAGCCCAUGCUGUGAAACUCAAUCAGAUUACAAUAGUGUUUGAAUCGCCAACGACGACCGAUGGCGCUAUAGUUAAGGAUCUGACGGCUCACGGUGACUUCGUGAAGGACGUGGCUUUUGAAGUAGAGGCUCUUGAUGAGUUGGUGCGACGGGCUAAAGAGGGUGGCGCUCAGGUAGUGGCUGACGUCACGGAAGACAAGGACAGUGAUGGAAUUAUCAGAUACGCGGUGUUAAGGACUUAUGGCGACAAUACGCACACCCUUAUAGACAGAUCAAAAUACAAAGGUAUAUUUUUACCGGGUUACAAGGCGGCUGAGGAAGAUCCUAUCAACGACGUUUUACCUCAAACAAAUUUGUUAUACAUUGAUCACGUGGAAGGUAACAUGGCUGACGGGACCUUAGCGGACUCCGUGGCCUGGUACGAGAAAAAUCUCAACAUGCACAGAUUUUGGUGUGUGGACUACAACCACGAUGUUGUCCCAUAUUCCUGCAUCAAUUCGGCCUCCGUAAUCAAUAAGAACGAAACUGUGUUGUUAUCAAUGAACGAGGCAGCUAAAGGGUUGCGGCUUACCAGCAAGGCGAGUGAAUUCGUCAAAGCAUUCGGCACUUCAGGCGUUGAGCACGUCGCCUUAUAUACAGACGACAUAGUGGAAACUAUGCGAAAUCUGAAAGCGCGCGGCGCGGAGAUCAUGGUUUUCCCGCCAACGUACUAUGACGUCAUAAGACAGAAGCUCAAAGGCACCUCCUUGAAGGUGGCGGAGAGCCUAGACGCCCUAAAGGAGUUCAGCAUCCUCAUAGACUUCGACGAGCGAGGAUACAUGCUGCAGGCGUUUAUAAAACACUUGCAGCCGCGGCCCACUCUCUUUAUAGAGGUUUUGCAAAGGAGGAAUCAUAGGGGUUUCGGUGCUAUGAAUUACAAGUGGGUCUUUGAAGCCAUCGAACUGCUUGAUGCGGCCUCCGGAGAUAAAAAUAAUAUCAAAGAAGAUAAGAAAGAAGACAUAAAAGCAUAGAUACUCAUAUGUACAAACCCUUAACGUUUU